AUGGGGACGUGGGAUCUGCCAAAGCCGUUAGUGUGGGCGCUAGUCCGGAUGGAUGGCAUCACCAUGUGCACUCUGACGGGUCAAACAUACCGCUUUAAUCCAACCACCAAUGCUUGGGAGUUCUCCAAUAGUGGUCGCUGUCUGCAGGUCAACGCCAUGAGCAAAAACACCGCUGUGGAGAUUCAGAGGCCGUCUGCACUGGACAGUAAUGAUGGAGAUAUCCGAAAAUACAACGGAGCAGGCUUGAUCCCUACAUGGACCCUCGUGGCCGGUAGCAACCAGCGAGUGUUUCAGUAUAGCAAAUGGGUUAGUAUCGGGGAAGACGGAGAGAUUUGGACCAUCUCUCGCAAAGGUAAUGUGUUCCGCUACAACGGAGCUUCUAAUAACUUCGACGGGAUUCCGAUUCUCAGCGCUAUCGCGCUGGAUGUGCGCAAUGCUACAUACGCUACCGUCGUCACCGCCGGCUGCAACGCGUGGACUUUCAAGAGCGGCACGUGGACCAAGUGGGCCAUCAGCACCUGUCCGGUGCAGACCACCUCCACCAGCAGUAAUGAUUAUUAUUUGGACGAACACGGCAGAUUUGGUUCGCGCCAUUAA